AUGCCACUCCAAGAUUUCUAUUACAGCGCGCAGACCCCUGUAUCCAACGAAAACACCGUCGCAUACGGUAUGGAGCUUGUGCAGUUUUCAAGUCUCGAUCCUCCUCCCCUUCCUUCAAGGCAUCUCGUCGGCAUCCAGCAAUCAGUCUUUGGGCAGGCUCUGCUACCCAUAGCCAUGCAUGAAGCAUGUUUGCCACUGGGACAUCAUCCUUUAUGGUUCGCCAACCCAAUUCAGUAUUUUCCACACCCAACGCAGAAGAUUGCAAUAAAUCAAGAAAAGACAUACUAUGACGCACAAAUUCUCAGUCAUAAUGGGCCAGAGAGCCACAUAAGCAUCCCACAGGAAGCUCCAGAGGUGGCUUCCAGUACUGAGAUACCCUUCGCCAUGGAUCCUUUCGCUCACGUCGAUCCAUGCAUUCUCGACCUGAUUGCCGCGGGGUCAGGAAUAAGAGAUCUCAGCGAGCUACCAUCGCGUUGCACACCCUCAGGGCAGGAAACCAGUAACACUCGACACAUCAACGAUGUCCGCAGAAGCGAAGGCACUACGAAGGCGCCGGAGAACAGCGCAGUUCCCAUUGCCGAAACAUCCGCCGCUUGCCCGUACAAGUUCAAGCGACAACGCUCAUCUACAAAGGCCGACAAGACGGCAUCGCGGCGUCCACGCGCACCCGCGGUCGUAGCGACCACUGCCGACGAUACGGCUAACGGGCCAAUCAAGUGCAAAGCCUGUGGAAAGAAAUUUGCACAAAGACAGAACCUAAAUAGACAUGUGCGGCUCGCGCACCUGGGCGGGUGCAAAUGGACUGCAUUAUAUGUGGUACCAGAAUAUCGAGACAUGACGCAUUGA